GGGAGGGGGGAGGUCGUCUCCGGCGGUUGUGUGCCACACCUCUUGCUCGACCCUGUCACUGUCACAGCCUGUGCUAACCGCGAAGCUUGUCGGUCCGCCACAUUCACCAGUUUGCUCCCGCCAGCAUGCCUGAUUCAGUGUUCCUUACGGCAUCAAGUCAUAUGUCUUCCCCCCCCCCCCCGCCCCGUUCGCCUUCUGCCGCACCAUUUCGGCACCAGAAAAUUGCGCGCUGAUCGAAAAUCUGAAAGCUCCGGAAUCAGACAUGAGAGAUGCUGCCCAAGGAUAAAUCGCCUGUGUCAGUGGUCAGAUUUGAACCUGGUUGCGAACUCGAUUGCGAUGUUAGCGUCUUUUUGGAGAAGGAACAAGUUUUGACAAGUGAUACCACUUGCACAGUUUUUGCGUCAAGAUUGAGAAAAUUAGGAACUGUUGCGGCUGCGUGCACUUUGAAAAUCGAUUCUGUGUAUGCAACUCUGACAAACUUUACAUUUGCGGACAGCAGUGCUUCCAAUAUUCAUAGAGAAUUAGUGACUGAAGUAGCUGACUGGCUUUCUGCAACACAUCCGCAGACAUUGCUUGUAGUCAAAGAAUGUUGUGGCGAUGGUGAUCGAGCAACUUCGAGGAAAGAUAUCCAGUUCUACAGUAUUCUUGGAUUUCUAAGUGUUGAUUCAUCGUGCUCAUUUCUAUUUUUCCCUCCUCAUAAUUCGAAGAUCAAGCAAUUGACUGUUUGGGAAAACUGUGAUGUUGAUCCGUCUGCCCGUGCGGUAGUAAACAAACUGGGGAAAAUUGAGGCUCUCGAGUACAUCCCUUUGGUUGUCUUACAAUAUCUGCUGGACUCCAAGAAACUCGGACAGUCUAUAGUUGACACCUUCGCUCAUCUUGCCUUGCAGUUGCAGCGUGUUCAAGAAUAUGGUCUCGAAACACUAAGCGAAGAGGAGUGUCUGAAAGUGGUGCGAGAAGAAAGUUUGUUGUUGAAGUAUGCAUGGGAGCGCUUAAAUACUGGACACUUUUCCGAAGUGGACUUGUGCUGGAGAAAGCUAUAUGCUCUCAUUUCUUUGACGAAGGCUGUUCGUCUGGUCGCUGCUGGUCAGUAUCUGCAUGCCAUAGCUGCCGUUGAUCUUGGAUUGCUUAUGGGGGAUGGCGUGCCUGAACAGCUUCUUCAACGUUAUGCACAAUUUUGUGAUCGCCAUCUUUCGGUGCCUCCCGACAUUCACGAAAACGAGGUCACUAUCGCUGUAAGAACGUUGCCAAAUUCUGUACCGAUACCUGUUCUCGAUGAGCUUUCCAAAUGGGACUUUUUCGAUCAGUACUUCCCUAGGCAAGAGCCAGUCAUUGUCAAAGGCUUGAAUAGACAUUGGCCUGCUGUCAAGAACUGGAGUUUUAACCACCUUCAUAAAAUUCUAUGUCAUCGUGUAUUGCCCGUAGAACAAGGCUCAAAGUACACGGAUUCAAACUGGGCUCAAAUGCUUAUGACAGGUUCGCAGUUCUUCACCACUUGUACGCUUCCGGUGGAUGAGAAGGGUCCAUUGUAUCUUGCCCAACAUCGUUUGUUCCAUCAAGUGCCUGAACUUCGAGAGGACAUUUCUCUUCCACUAUAUUGCGAUCACUGUGAGUUUGAUGAAGUAGACAAGAACUGUUGGAUUGGUCCUGGAGGCACUAUAUCACCUCUUCAUACAGAUCCGCGAGAGAACGUGUUUUCACAGAUUGUUGGGCGCAAGUUUUUCCGCCUAGUAUCCCCGGCUGAAUCUGACAAAGUUUAUGCGUUCAAGGAUGGGUUGCUUACGAAUACGAGCCAGGUUGAUGUUCUCAAUCCUGAUCUUGAAAAAUAUCCGGAGUUCGCCAAAGCAAAGUGUUGGGAUGGAGUUGUUGAAGGUGGGGAUAUUCUAUACAUACCGAAAGGGUGGUGGCAUCUGGUUGCAUCACUCACGAACUCCAUUGCUUUUGCGUUCUGGUUUGAUAAAUGAACAUUCUCUUACUCUAUGCAGCGUUGCAUUUUGUCCUUCAUUUUUUAUCAUGACAGUUAUGCUUUAAUUCAGUCUUUGAGAAGCUCAGAGAAUCCCGGUUUAAUUGUGCAUGGGUUGUAAAGUUGCCUAUUUCAUUUUUGUAUUUUCAUAGAAAAGCGUAUGCUAUGGGUAUACUGAUUACCGGUCAUGAUAUCACGACGCUUUUUCAUUCUUAGCUUUGUGUGACAAAGAGCUCCUAGCACUUUUUUGUUUUGCCGUUACAUCCUUGAUGUUCAAUAUUACUUAUAUUCGUUGUUUAUACUUUUGUUAAUGAUAAAGAUGUAACUAUGCUUUAUUCAUUUUGAAGGCUAGUCUUACCCAUGAG